UUGUUGCUAGUGGGGACUGAUGUGUUGUGAAAAUGGCGACGCUUCGUCGCUCCCCUCAGCAGCAACAACCAAACUCCCUGUUGUCCUCCCCGCCCCGCAGCUCCUCUCACCCUGUCACCCCACCCGGCUCUCCGCCGGCACCCACCGAGGAUGCCACCUCGCUUCCCCGCGGAGCCGCGAUGGAGAACACGGGUGACGGUGAGGUAACGCCGGCCUCUCCCACCUCCACCUCCCCUCCUCUGGCCCUCAUCACCAGUAGCAGCAGCAGCAGCAACAGCAGCAGCAGCACUACUAGCAGCAGCGCUAGCUCCCCGACCACCACCGAAGGUAGCGGGACCAGUCCUGGUUCUACGCCCGAUUCGGGCAGCGGUAACCCGGGAAGCAGCGGUGCAAACGGCACUUUCAGGGAGUUGUUUGAAGCCUGUCGAAAUGGUGAUGUUUCGAGGGUAAAGAAACUCGUGGAUGCGGUGAAUGUGAACGCCAAAGACAUGGCUGGACGCAAAUCGACACCCCUGCAUUUCGCUGCAGGCUUUGGGCGGAAAGAUGUGGUGGACCAUCUGCUUCAGACGGGCGCUAAUGUGCACGCUCGAGAUGACGGGGGUCUCAUCCCACUGCACAAUGCCUGCUCGUUUGGUCAUUCUGAGGUGGUGUCCUUGCUGCUGUGUCAGGGGGCUGACCCUAAUGCUCGAGACAACUGGAACUACACCCCGCUGCACGAAGCCGCCAUCAAAGGCAAGAUAGACGUCUGUAUAGUGUUACUGCAGCAUGGAGCCGACCCCAACAUCCGCAACACCGACGGCAAGUCUGCCCUGGACCUGGCUGAACCCUCCGCCAAGGCCGUGCUCACAGGUGAAUACAAGAAGGAUGAGCUGCUGGAGGCGGCAAGGAGUGGAAACGAGGAGAAGCUAAUGGCCUUGCUCACGCCGCUCAACGUCAACUGCCAUGCGAGUGACGGCCGCAAGUCCACUCCAUUGCACCUGGCGGCAGGAUACAACAGGGUGAGGAUAGUUCAGUUGUUACUACAGCAUGGAGCAGAUGUUCACGCCAAGGACAAAGGAGGUCUGGUGCCUCUACAUAAUGCCUGCUCCUAUGGACACUAUGAAGUUACUGAGCUGCUGCUAAAGCAUGGAGCCUGUGUGAAUGCCAUGGAUCUGUGGCAGUUCACCCCUCUACACGAAGCGGCAUCUAAAAACCGAGUGGAGGUCUGUUCUCUGCUGCUGAGCCACGGGGCUGACCCGACCCUGCUUAACUGCCACAGCAAAAGCUCUGUGGACAUGGCGCCCACUCCCGAGCUGAAGGAGAGACUUACAUAUGAGUUUAAGGGACACUCACUGCUUCAGGCUGCUCGGGAAGCUGACAUGACCAAGGCUAAGAAGACCCUGGCACUGGAGAUCAUCAACUUCAAACACCCACACACACAUGAAACUGCGCUGCAUUGUGCAGUAGCGUCGCCUCACCCCAAAAGGAAACAGGUGACAGAGCUGCUGCUGAGGAAAGGUGCCAACGUCAACGAGAAGAAUAAAGAUUUCAUGACUCCUCUUCAUGUGGCAGCAGAACGGGCACAUAACGACAUUAUGGAGGUGCUACAGAAACAUGGGGCAAAGGUGAAUGCCCUGGACACACUGGGUCAGACGGCAUUGCACCGUGCGGCGCUGGCAGGCCACCUUCAGACCUGUAGGCUGUUGCUAGGUUACGGGGCAGACGCCUCGCUGGUGUCGCUGCAGGGCUUCACCGCUGCGCAAAUGGGAAAUGAAGCUGUUCAGCAAAUACUCAACGAGAACGUCCCAGUGAGAAACUCGGAUGUAGACUACAGACUCCUCGAAGCUGCUAAAGCCGGUGACCUGGACACUGUCAAGUCCUUGUGUACGGCUCAGAAUGUGAAUUGCAGAGAUCUGGAGGGACGCCACUCUACUCCUCUUCAUUUUGCUGCUGGCUACAACCGAGUGUCAGUGGUGGAGUAUCUCCUGCACCAUGGGGCAGACGUGCACGCCAAGGACAAAGGUGGUCUAGUUCCCCUUCAUAAUGCCUGUUCAUAUGGUCACUAUGAGGUGGCCGAGCUGCUGGUCAGGCAUGGAGCGUCGGUCAACGUGGCUGACUUGUGGAAGUUUACGCCGCUCCAUGAAGCUGCAGCCAAGGGCAAAUACGAGAUCUGCAAACUGCUGCUUAAGCACGGAGCAGACCCCACCAAGAAGAACAGGGACGGCAACACGCCUCUGGACCUGGUGAAGGACGGGGACACGGACAUCCAGGACCUGCUCAGAGGAGACGCCGCGCUGCUGGACGCUGCUAAGAAAGGAUGCCUGGCCAGGGUGCAGAAGUUAUGCAGCCCUGACAACAUUAACUGUCGGGACACGCAGGGACGCAACUCGACUCCGCUGCACCUUGCAGCUGGCUAUAAUAACUUGGAGGUAGCUGAGUAUCUACUGGAACAUGGAGCCGAUGUGAAUGCCCAGGACAAAGGAGGGCUGAUACCUUUACACAAUGCUGCUUCGUAUGGGCACGUGGACAUAGCUGCACUGCUGAUCAAAUACAACACGUGUGUCAAUGCCACCGACAAGUGGGCAUUUACUCCUCUACACGAAGCGGCCCAGAAAGGGCGGACUCAGCUCUGUGCGCUGUUGCUCGCACAUGGCGCCGAUCCCACUAUGAAGAACCAGGAGGGGCAGACGCCGCUGGACUUGGCCACGGCUGAUGACAUCAGAGCACUGUUGAUUGAUGCCAUGCCACCAGACGCCCUGCCAAGCUGUUUAAAACCGCAGGCCACUGUGGUAAGUGCCAAUGUGGUAAGCACAGGAGCAGCAGGGGGUGUGGUCAUCUCUCCAUCGCCAUCGCCUUCGUGCCUGUCAGCGGCCAGCAGCAUAGACAACCUGGCCACACCCCUCAGUGACAUCACAACAGCUGGGGCCACUGGUACAGCCGAUGGAGCGACUGGGUCCGACAGGAAAGAAGGAGAAGCUCUGCUUGACAUGACCAUCAACCAGUUCUUAAAGAGCCUGGGGCUGGAACACCUCCGAGACAUCUUUCAGCGGGAACAGAUUUCACUGGAUGUGCUGGCAGACAUGGGUCACGAGGAGCUGAAGGAGAUCGGCAUCAAUGCCUACGGUCACAGACACAAACUCAUCAAGGGCAUCGAGAGGCUGCUGGGAGGCCAGCAAGGUGCAAACCCAUACCUGACGUUUCACUGCUCCAGCCAGGGCACCAUGCUGAUCGACCUGGCGCCGGAUGACAAGGAAUUCCAGUCUGUGGAGGAGGAGCUGCAGAGCACGAUCAGAGAGCACCGCGACGGAGGCAACGCAGGCGGGGUCUUCAGCCGGUACAACAUCAUUAAGAUUCAGAAGGUUGUGAAUAAGAAGCUGCGGGAAAGAUACACACACAGACAAAAGGAAAUUGCAGAUGAGAAUCACAACCACCACAACGAGCGCAUGCUCUUUCAUGGUUCUCCCUUCAUUAAUGCAAUCAUCCAUAAGGGCUUUGAUGAGCGUCACGCAUACAUCGGAGGCAUGUUUGGUGCUGGCAUCUAUUUUGCUGAGAACUCCUCGAAGAGCAACCAGUACGUGUAUGGGAUUGGUGGAGGAACAGGUUGUCCAACCCACAAAGACCGCUCCUGCUACGUGUGUCACAGACAGAUGCUGUUCUGUCGGGUGACACUUGGUAAAUCAUUCCUUCAGUUUAGUGCAAUGAAAAUGGCCCACGCGCCUCCUGGUCACCACUCCGUAAUAGGGCGACCCAGUGUCAAUGGGCUGGCGUAUGCAGAGUAUGUCAUCUACAGAGGGGAGCAGGCUUAUCCAGAAUACUUGAUCACCUACCAGAUUGUGAAGCCAGAGAGUCUGGCCACGCCUGCUGCCACUGCCGAGCAGAAGUCCUAAAGCUCAGCUGGGCCCCAAGUUAGCCAGACUGUAGUGGACAAUCUCUAAGAAUACUAGAACUGGACAAUAAGGAGUUUCAAACCUCAGACCUAAAGGUCUUUAGAGCUGAGGUGGGUGAUAUGAAGCAUUAGCUGGGCAGGAGUCAGACGAGCCUCAGACCUGGAUGUUUCUAUAAGGAGGAAAAGAGACCUCGUCUUUCAGUUUUGAGGGGGUAUAAUACAUGUUCACUCCAAAGGAGCAGACAGCAAGAAUCCAUGUCGAAUUAAUUAAAUCUAAUUUGAGGAGAAAAUGCAAACGGUUUCAUCAGUGUUAAUGGAAGCUGUUUUUACAGGCCCUGUGGCUUGAUCUAAAAAUGAAAGCAAUUAUGACAGAAAACAACCUAAAACCAAACAAAAUUGCUGUUUUUUGGGGGGUUUUUUGCACCUUUGCACUGCGCCUGUAUUCUAGCCCCAGGCUUGAAUGUGUUGUUUUGAUAUCAUGUCCUCUUUUUGCUUUGUGCAUCACCCACAACAACAAAUCGACGCUCCGAGGCCACUUCCAGAAGCUUCGAUCGUUGUGCCGAGAGAACGGAAAUCCAACGUGUUUUUUUGUUUGUUUGUUUUUUUAUGAAGCUCGGCACAUUUUCACCAGUGAGGUCGACAAACGAGACGCCAGAGGAUGCAGAAAAUAUGAAAUGAGUGGAAACACGGAGAACCAAGAGAUUCGUUGAUAUCAAGAAGCUGCUAACAGUACCUGCUGCGUAUUUUCCACUACACUCCAUACCAGGACCAACCACCAGUCAGACCAAACCUGCUCAUUUUAGAACUGCAACAUAUCAAGCUCAUACACUGAACACCACAUGUAGGAUCUUAGCUGAUCUUGGUUGUAACAAGCAUGACAGGCUGAGACACCUAUGACAAGCCAGCUAACUUAAACAUACCUCUAUUAUUUUCAAAUAUGCCACCAAGAAUCUCUUUACAAGAACUGAUUGCUGCCUUUUUACUAUUACAGAAAAUCUGGAGUCAUUAUUGGAGCUGCAUCAUGUUGUUUCAGCUCAUUUCUGACUAACAGCAGUCUUCGACAGAGCCACAAGGACCACAAAAGAUUGUAACACUGUCAUACGCAGGCAGCUACUCUCAACUGCCAGUUUGUUAGGCACACUUUGCCAAUAAAAUGUGCUCACUAAAUCCUGCUUUCUGUUGCACCCAUAUCAUUUUACACCUUUAGGUGGUUCUGUUAUUUUUCACAUUCUUACUGAUAUCAAUUAGUUGAACAAAAAUGAGGGGAACAGUAACAUCAUAAUCACUGCAGUAGUCAGGUGCACCUGCUAAAGUGCAAACUGAUCAUGUUGAAUACAGAUCUGUGUAUUCAGUUUCAAUUGACUUGGCUUAAAGUUCACUCCAACCUGUUCUGAAGGAUGAAAUUAUGUCUCUGGAUGGCUCGCUUAUUUUCUGCCGCUGUCGCGUUUUGUCAUUUCAUUUAUUAGAAGAAUUGAAUGUAUGCAGUGGAAAAUAUGGCGCAAAAUCCCACUUUAAUUCUAAUGGUCUGGGGAAUAUUGGGGGGUGGGCAAAAGCUAAUCACACAUUUCUGCUGCCACUGAAGUAUCUCCUUGUUUUGUAUCUUAAUGUCACUGAGAUGUUCCCACAGAAUUAUUUCAGUUUUUCCACUUCAGCUUUUACUGUUGAUGCCCUCUAGUGGUGAAACACAGGAAUUGCCAGCUUGUAGUGCUGUGUUGAAGGGUAUCAGAAAGGCAUUUAUGAAAGGAUUCUGUUUAAAAGUACUAUUUUUCCAGUGUGUUUGUUUUUUUUUUCUGAAAAACUAUCUCCAUUCUCCUCUGUUUACACUCCUCAAAUGUGAAAGUGAGCAUAGUUACUGUACUGUAAGUCGUUUUCACACAUACACUUCUGCCCUGAACUUUUUCUAGACUACACUAGACUAGCCUGUAUUUAACUUGCCAGUGUGAUGUCAGAUUGCACCAAUGUGUGACUAGGGCAGGUCAUUUUUUUUGGUAAAUUCACAGGGAACCAGUGGUCCUCCUGCAGCUGGCUGGCCUUAAUCACAUCACACAGAGUGGUUCCAGUAGUGAGGACACAUCCUGGCCUGAUGGUGCCGAUAUUUUCUGGCGUCACUGUGUGAAGACGACUUAAUGAGCCAUCGGCAGCUGGAGGCUGCAAAAAAGAUUUUUACAAUGAGCAUUUUCACAUGAUGAUGAAGAGGGUGAUGGAUAUGUUGUACGUAAGGAUGGAGUAUGACGCUCAUGUGCUAAAUGACUCAACACCACCAUGUUAUCACUUCUCUCACCGAGUACUGUAAGCUCAAGUUUUUCCAAACUACAGGGACCAUGUUUUUCUGUUGAAAGGUCUUUAUUUAUAGUCUUUAAUUUCAUUGUACAUCAUGGGGGACCGCACAUGAAUGUAGUUGUAUGCGUUUAAUUGCCUCUGAUCACGUCAGGUGAAAUGCAGCAGGGCUGAUGAAAUGAUGAUGAAAUUUAAAUGGGAAAUGCCUUUAAUAAGACAGCUGGAUUGAAAGCACUAAGAACAUGAUUCUGGUCAUUGUGAAGUUUACCAAAAUCAAGAGAGCUGGUUUAUGGCUCCUUUAGACCCGUGUUAGUGCUACUGUUUAAAUUUGAGCAUAAAGCAGGUGAAUAUUAAAGAGGUCCUAUUGUGCUUUUUCUUAUUUUAUUUCAUCUUUAUACUCUUGGUGGAUGGCCAAAGCUCAAAGUAAUGGAUGUCAACAUGUGUGUAAUCCCUGUGUGGCUGCAGAGGGGCGCACAGUUUUGACUAUGAAGAGAGAGGUCCCACCCACCAGCUGUAUAAACCUUGUGUUAGUAAGGGGCUGCCAAUCAGAAGAAAGCUUUCUUAAAUGGAUGGGGAAGAGCACUAAAACAUCUCGGUCUAGAGGGUGGAUGAACUGAGGGGCUGCACCGAGACACACAAGCUACUCUAGUAGGGUCCAAGAAUAGAAUCAAAAUAGAGCACAAUAGGGCCAUUUUUAUUUCAGAUUUCAGCUGACUUUUGACUUGAAAAUCUAAAUGAACUCUCAGUGUGACCAUCAGAAUAACAUAUUAGACCUUAUUGUCCUUUUCCAAGCCAUGAAUCAUUGAUAACAGCAGUUAAUCACAGUAGAGUUAUUUGUAACUGUGCAUUGGGUAAAUGAAGUGCACAUUGAAUGAAAGGCUGACGAGAAGGUGACUAAAGCAGAAAUGAGAAAAAAAAAUUGUAAAAAGCCUGAAAGUAAACUGAAAUUGAAAGAUGUUUUUAGUGGAGAAUUGAAGUUGCUGUACUAGAUCAAAGCCCAUUUCUUAUACAUCUAACAAAAGCUCAGAUUAGUGUUUGAGUGACAAAUUCCAAAAGCAGCACAAGUUUGACAUUAACCCGUUGUCAUCAUCCCUGAGCAGCAGUGGGCCAGAGCUUUUAGAUAAAACUGCAGCAUUGCUGUUUGCUCUCUCAGCGGUAACCUCAUUAAGGCCAGUAGCUCUGUAUAAUUUAUGAUCAGUGACCUGUGGGCAUUGUUUGAAAUUGGACUGUAAAUAAACUAACUCCAGAUGGGCCUUUUAAUGGGUCUUUCAUGGAUGGUUUUGAGUUUGUUUCCAUUUUUUUCCCCCCUUCUUUUUUUUAUGUCAUAACCAUUUGAAUUAUGCUUUUAGCUGGUCUGUCUUGCUGUAAAUAGAUUGGAGGGGGAAGUGUCUCUUCAAUCGGUCGGCCAUUAUCUAACUGUCUGAAUUGCCUUCUACCAGAAGCCACUGGUUUAACUAACAUCUCAUCCUGUUACAUUUGACCUCCUGUUGUACAGACGGUUGUACAGAGCCGCUGCUGACCAGCUAAUGUGGAACAGAGAAAUUCCUUCACGCCUGUACAGAAGAAAAAUCCUUAAUAAAAGAAUCUAAA